AUGUGGAAGGAGCUCAUUUUUCUUGUCUUAGCCAGUCAAGCGGUCACUGCUCAGACUCAAUCAGCCACCGCAACUGUCGCAUUGCUGGGAAUCAAUUCAACCACUAUCUCUCAAUGGACCAACGCCUUUCUAAACAUCUUUGCCAAAAAUCAAGUGAACACGAUGAAUCUUGGGUUCUUCUGCCUGGCCAACUGGGACAAAAUGCAAAUUUGUGACCUGCUUGCCGCUGUUCCCAACUAUUUCCCGACUGCGUCUAAGCCAGUUAUUGAGAAAUUGAUCAGUGAGAGCAUUCAAAGAAGCCGAAACUUCUUGAGCGCCGUCAAAAAGUUAUCUGGCAAGGUUCACAACUGUGUCCAAACCGGUAUUCCGAUUGUCAACAAUCACAAUCAAACGAUUCCCGAAAUGGCCGAUAGUUUAUUUGCUCAUCUUCAAAAUCAAGAUCCAAUCGCCUACAAAGCUAUCUCAGUCUACAUUCAGAUGAAAUUCAUCCCGAAAGUCAAUGAAGCUCUCGCCAAACUGACGGCCACAACAACCACAAAAGCGCUAACAACCACAACGCCAAAAACCGUUGCUCCCCCGGCUACUUCAGCUGUCAGAAAA